AUGCCUGGCCCUGGUACAAACCCCACGACCUCAGGUGAAUUUGCUGACACAUUCAAGCAGAUGAACGAAGCUGAAACAGUCGUUGCAAAAUUAGAGAAACUACUCGACAAUUUGGACAACAAGAUUGAUUCAAUACUAAAUGAAGUUAAUUUAUUGGAUUCAAACUACUUGAAUAAUCUUGAUCAGAAGGUUGAUCAGCAAAUAAACUUGAAUUAUUCAAGCUCAUUGCAACAACAGAUUCUCAAUCCAAAUCAAAACAUUAGCAGUAACAACAAUAUGAAUAGUAACAAUGUCAGCAACAACCUCAAUAAAAGCGACAUCAAUAAUACCACCAUUCACAAUAACAGCACCAACGGCAGUAAUGCUAAUAACAGCCAAAGUUUAAAUAAUAUCCUUGAUGGUAAUUCAAAAUAA